CUUGCUCAUUGGUCACGUGAGACGGGAGGUGAAGGAAGACAACAGUGCAACUUCAUCUGUACUGCCUAAAAAUGACCACAGCUCUCACCCAGGGUUUAGAAAGAAUACCCGACCAGAUUGGAUAUUUGGUUAUUAGUGAAGAUGGUGUACUUGCGUCUGCUGGAGAGCUGGAGAAUGACGAGCACACAGCAGGAGUGAUCAUGCAGAUGGUCCGAACAGCUUGUCGUUUCAGGUUGCAUGGGACAGCCGAGCCCCCUUUCAAACGCAUGUCAGUGAUGUUUGAAGACUAUGUUUAUGCUGUGACCAUCUCCGGACAGAAAGUUUUUGUAGUCAAAAGGCACAACAACCAACGGGAACCUGUUAUUGUCUAGUAUAGACUAUAAUAUAGACUGGUUCUAAACACACACACACACACACACACACACACACACCUGCUCAAAAUGGUGCCCUCACUGGAAAUGUCCCAUCCAUUACAACCAUCUGAUGUUUAGCACAAUCAUCCUAUUGCUUUUGCAAGAAGACUUCAAUACACAGAUUUGGGACUUUGGUGGUCUCAGGUGUAUUUGACCUGAACAACAAUAAGCUUGUGUUAUAUUUUUGUACAAUUACAAUGAAUGAGAUUGUGGUUACAGGCUAUAUGUGAUGUCUUUUUAUGUAUGAUUAAAGACAGUCAAUAACUUCGUUUCCAUCCAAGGGAUUUUUUUUUUAGACAAAAAUUGCAGCAAAUCAAAAGUUACUGAUAUAUCUUAUGGAAUGCUAAUUAUCUUAAAAUUUUUACAAGUGUUGACAUAAUAUUUUUCCGUUGAACUCUAGUGCAUAAACUCUGUCGAUGCUUCAAAUGUCGUGAAAAAUUGGUUUGGAAACACUUUUUGUUGAGAAAUUUGGCAUCAAUGCAAAUAUGUAUUGUUAGCCUGCGUUAAUCAUGAAUCUGUUUGUUGUUCGUGAAGCAUUACUCACACUGUUAUUGAUUGGUCUUAACGACAUACCUGCACAGAUCUGAUGCUGCAAACAAAUCUGCAUCAUGACACUUCCAGGAGUGCCAACACAAAUAUCUCAUAUCAUGCACCUGUCAUUGACAAGUGCAUGGAGAAUAAAUCAAAGGCCACUGUUUGCAAUUAAUUUUAAAUUAAAAAAAUUAUAUUCAACACCAUUCAAAAUAAUAGACUGUAGUCAUGGAUUUAGCCCACAAUAAAAAAAAUCUAUAAUUUCUGUGCAUAAAGAUGUUUUAAAUUAAAAAUAAAUACAAACACUAACAUAUAGGCUGAUUUUAUAAAAUUGUUUAUAAAUGCAGGCUAAAUUCCCUGUAUUAAAUCAAAUAAAUUACAAAACUAAUAAAUCAUUACAUUAAAAAAUUACCAAACAGAAAAUUAAUAUUGUUUGGCCUAUAUACUUAAGUACUUAAAUUAUCCUUAACUUGUAGAUUAAAAAAGUCAGCUGAAUGACAUUAUCAGAAUGUUCUAUGAUGACAAUCAAGUUCAGUUGGUAGUUAAAAGUUGCUGGACAAAUAUGUGGGACAAAACGCAGUUGUGAUGGCAAUGCUUUAGAUUAGAUGAUUGUUCAAAAUAGCCUAUUGAAUAUCAGGAAUGUAUCAUAUAUGUAAACCCUGAUAUUACACCACAUACAUUUUUCUUUAAUAGCUGUGCACACAUUUUCCUUAUACUAAGACCAAAAGUUUCCCCCACUACUUGGUGCAGGAUGCCAGCUUGAACAGGGCCAUGACGAUUCGCAACUUUCGGGUUGGAACCGGUGGCAACCUGCGAACAUCAGGACCAAUAUUACAGUCCUAUCAGAAGGGCAACUGCUCCCUUUUGAUUGCAAUUCCUCAUCUUCUGAUUGCAUUUAUUUGUAAAAUUAAAAUUAUUGUAAGCUGGCUAAUUUCAAUUAAUUGUCUUAAUACUCUCCUUUUUGUUUUUAGGAAAUUAGUAACAUCUGCUGUGGAAUGGUACACAGUUAGUGAUAUACACAUUUCUUUAUGGAAACGGCUUAAAGGCAGAUUUCUUUUGCGAUAAACCAAAACUUAUGUGACAGUGUUUUUUUUUUACCAUGAUUGUUGAUAAAAGGACAUUUCGAGGAAAACAGGCUGAAGACAGCAAAUUUCGCAAACUUUUUUUUAAUGCAUUUUCACUUUGUUGGUAACAAAACAGUGCAAAAAGUGGAUUGAAACUAGGUUAAUGAUUUAGGCCUAUUUACUUUCUUUAGGGAGAAUAUUAUAAACGUGAAUUUACAUUUUAACCCAUUCAGUCCAUUAACCUACAGCUUCCUUGCAUAAAUGAACAAGCAUGUGUUGAUGAAUGGGCUGAUCAUAACUUAAAAAAUUAGAAUUGACGAGUCUUGUAUACACGCAUGGGUCAUGAAAACCAUCAACAUUGGGAAUAUUACACUGGGUGUUUUUGAUCAUUAUGUGUGAUGUGUGUUUUCUAAUUGUGUCAUGAGAGUUUCAUAUUCUAUAGUUUUCAUGAGAGUGAGAGCUUGUAAUUCUCAGAAGAAAAUCAGGGGCUUCAAAGUUGUCUUACUUUGGAUCUGUGUUAGUAGAAACUAAAAUGCACUAAAUGCUUUUUACUGUCUAUUUUCAAAUGUGUUUCAUUAAAUGACUAGAAAACACACUUUACAAUAAUUGCAUUAACAAUAAUGUAUUAAAUAAAGCACUAUGCAUAUUUUAGGGCGGGUUUCGGCUUGUGGAAGAGAAUCAUGAAAUUGUGGUACAAACAAUAAAUGUUCAGUAAG